AAUUUUUCCACGACAUAAUUGACACUUCAUUUCCAUAUUUAAUAUACCCACCUUACAAAAAAUCAAUUUACAGUCAAUCCACUAUGUCUCUUGAGGUAAAUUACUCGUCUUCCUUAAUAAUACAUUGUAUAAAUAUGGCAGCAAUAUUAAACGACUUAAUGCUUCGCCGUAAGUGGUUCGAUUUUCAAAAGCUACAGGGCACUUUGGUCCUUAGCAUAAUAGUAGCUUUUAUCAAAAUUCCAUCAAUCCGAGCAGUCAAGGACUACCAUACCAACAGACCGACUGGCAGACAGAUAUACUGCCGAGAAUUGAAUGAGAUGGUAAUUAGCGACAUGCGGUUAAUGUUUGUUAGGGACACCUUCGCCUAUGAUGAGGAUUAUGAAAAUAGUGGCAGAUUACUUUCCGAGAAGCCGUUAUUUAAAGAAACUUACACAAAGUAUGCCAGAUUGAACAAUAAUAUAGGAAUAAUGUUGUUUUCUGUGAGAAUGGGCGUAGGGACAAUAUGGUAUUUUGUGGGAGUCAGGGCAUCUUUGAAAGCCAUAUCUACCGAAGAAUGUCCCUCUAUAAAAGGCAUCUUAUACCAAGUCUGGUACCCAUUUAACACACAGAAGUACCUGCCCUUGAUUCUAAUCAAUGACGUAAUGUUCAUCCUUGACACAAUCAUAAUAUCGAUAUCCUGCAAAGGAACCUUGAUAGCCGUAAUGCUUUUCACGAUAAGCCAACUUAAAAUUCUACAGCAGAAAAUUGAGGCUCUCGAUGAACAAGAGCAAAGAAGUGAACAGGAGCUGCUAACUGACAUUGUGAGACGUAUAAAGGAACAUCAAGAGAUCUUGAGGGUGAUUCAUUUUAUACAGAAGUCUCUCAGUAAAAUACUGUUCAUUCAGUAUUUCAGUAGCUCUUGUGAACUAGCAGCCUUUUUGAUAUUCAUGUUGACAUCAAACAGUUUUUUCAAUGCAUUAAGGUCUCUUGGUGCCUUCACAAUGCUUGCAUACGAAGUAUUUGUAGUAUUUUGGUUUGCGAACGAAGUUCAAAUUGAGAGCAUUGCUGUCGUGGACGCGAUCUAUCUCAAGUGCAAUUGGAGGAAAUAUGGGAAAAAAGUGAACAAUACGCUGCUCCUGAUGCUGCUCAGGUCCCAGACACCGGCUUCCUUCAAAGCCUUCUUUAUAGGAAAUGUCUCGCUUGCUUCUUUUACCAGGUUAAUGAAGCUAUGCUACUCAGUGGUUACGUUCGCAAGAUCUUUUAUGAAUACCAAGACAACCGAAUGACAAAGCUUCUGUACCUAGCUUAACCAUAC